CACACAUACACACACGCUCACACUGAGACACGGCUGCUUCCAUCUAUCCAUGCAGUUCACUUCAUUGUACACUCGAGACGGGUGAGCAUCAAUUAGGCAGAAAUUAAACCGCUUUAGAUGCCCCAAUUCUCUUUUUUUUAUAGUUUCGAGGAGGAUUAUAAGCCGCGGAUAGAGCCGCAGAGAAGUUUUGAGUGCGGGGAAACGGAGAGAAACGACACGCAGCCAUGCCCUCGGUGAUGGAGCGCUCGGGGGCUGGGGUCCUGUCCAGGAGCAGAGCCAAGACUGUAACCAACGGCAACAGCCAACCACACUCUGAGGAGGAAAGCAGUGAUGAGGAGCACGCUCACGACAGUAUGAUCAGAGUGGGAGGAGACUACCAGGCCCAGAUCCCAGAGUUCAAACCAGACAGUCCAACCCGUUAUGAGAAGGACCAGAGGAGUAUGUUGGUCUGGCGUCCCAACAGCCAGAUCUCUGAUGCUAUGUUGGAUGAGUACAUCCUGAUGGCGAAAGAAAAACAUGGAUACAAUAUGGAGCAGGCGCUGGGCAUGCUGCUGUGGCACAAACACGACGUGGAACGUUCGCUGGCCGACCUGGCCAACUUCACCCCCUUCCCUGAUGAGUGGACGGUGGAGGACAAAGUGCUGUUCGAACAGGCCUUCAGCUUCCAUGGCAAGAGCUUCCACCGUAUCCAGCAGAUGCUUCCAGAUAAGCUGAUCUCCAGCCUGGUGAAGUACUACUACAGCUGGAAGAAGACCAGGACCAGGACCUCAGUCAUGGACAGACAGGCGAGGAGGCUGGUCAACAAGAGAGAGAAGGAUGAUAGUAAUGAUGAGAUCGAGGAGGGAGAUCCUGGCAGUGACAGUGACUUUGAGAUCGACACCAAGAAAGAGCAGGCAGUGAAGCCGAACUCCAGCAGCACCAGCUCUGAAAAAGGUCCCUCCAGUCGCUCUGGGCCGGUGAAGAAGGAGAACAUCGGGGCGCAGUACCGUCACCACCCGCUGAGAGCCCGCCGCAGGCCCCCCAAAGGCAUGCACCUGGACCAGUCAGACAUCAUGGCCCUGUCGGCCUCCCACGAUGCAGGGGUGCUGUCUGUACGACAACUGGACACACACCUGGUGUCACUAAAGAGACAGGUCCAAAGUAUUAAACAGAACAACAGCAGUUUGAAACAGAGCCUGACUGAUGGCGUCAGUGUUUUCAGACCCACUGAGCCUGCCCCUAAGAUGAACUCUCGCUGGACCACAGAGGAACAGCUCCUGGCUGUGCAGGCCAUCCGUCGUUAUGGAAAAGACUUUGUAGCCAUUGCUGAGGUGAUAGGGACGAAGACAACUGCUCAGGUGAGUUCUUUUUUUGUGAGCUACCGGCGUCGGUUCAACCUGGACGAGGUGCUGCGGGAGUGGGCCGCAGAGCAGGUGGCCACCAGCCGUGACCAGAGAGACCACAGGAGGAGCACUGAGGAGAUGGCAGGAGCGACGGACGGCGCAGCGGAGGAGGAUGAGGUCAAAAUGGAGGACUCCCCCCCUGACUCUGGUGGCAGCUCCUCUCCCCCCUCCUCCACCCAGACACCUCCCUCCCUGUCCCAGCCUCCACCGCUGCUGCGCCCCGCGCCUCCCUCUGCUCCCCCUAGCCUCCUCCGCCAGCCGCCACCCCUGCAGACGCGGCCGCUCCAGAACCGGACCCCCCACAACCACCCCCCGCCUCCACUCAUACGGCCUGCCGUGUCGUCCUCUGGUCAGGGUGGGAGCGCCAGCCUGAGGGCUUCCCUGGGAGGGAGCAACGGCUCCUCCCCUCCCAUCUCCUCCUCCCCCUCCUCCUCAUCUUCCACUGCUGCUGCUGCAACUCAGAUGCCUCCAUCGCUGGUGGGGCUGAAAGUGGAGCAGCCCAACUCGCACUGACACACACAACCACAUGUAGAAGCACACACACACACACUCACACAGACACACACACACACACACACUCACACAGACACACACACACACACACACUCACACAGGCAUGCAUUCAAAUGUGCACACUCACAUUAGCAUGCAUACAGAUGCACGCAAACACAUGAUCCUUCCUCAUUCCCCAGGCAUCAUUUCUUCAACCUUUAAUCUGUCUUUCCUAACCUGUUUUCCUGGGACCAUCACCCUUUCCCUCAGGUUUCUUAAACCAUGGGUUGGGAUCCAAAAUAGGUCAGGUGCUCCUCUUUUGUGGGUUCUUAAGGUGAGAUCACCGCUCUGACAAUGUAUCUGGAAGAGUUUGAGGACCCCUUUUUCUUUUUGAGGGCCCUACCCUGCUACCCCUUUACUGUACUAACAAACACCUACCUCCAAGACCAUAGUUCCCUAGUGAGUGCACAAACACAUACACACACACACACACACACACACACUCUAAAGACACACUAGGAACUCGAGCCAACACUACCUGAACACACCCCGCCCGCCCCUCCCUCAAAACCCACAGUUGUGAAGAGACACUGGAUCGUCAAGACGAUGAAGAAUGCCAUGACAGCAGACAGAAACCGCCCCCCAUCCAUCCCGCCCCCACCUGCCUGUCUCCAUGGCAACUACUGAACAUCUGGAUUGCGGAGGAGUGUGGUGAAACACACAGAUAUAUAGGUUUCCACUUGGCAGGUAUCAAGUUGUGAGCAUCCACACACAGCCUUCAGGAAAAAUAAAAGGGAAAAGAAGAAAAGAGGUAGGAGGCAAGAACAUAUUGCCCAGGUCUGAACCAAACCCUGGUACUCGUAGAUUAGAAAAACUAUUGGAAUGGCUCGGAAUGAUGUGAAGUCAUUUCGAUGUCAAAUUGCCCCCCUUCUUUCCCUUUUCUAAGCUUUGCCUUUGAUCUACUUUAAAACUUAUAGCCUCAAAGAGGAGCAGACAGAUACUUUGUGGAGAAUUUGGACUUUGUAAAUGAAGCUUUGUUUGAAUUGUUAUGGCUUUUGAUAGUUGAGGCUGUUAAUGCAUCCCUUCCCAUGUUUUCACAGCUUUAUAUUGCUGGACAGAAAGUGGAGUUGGUUCAGAAUUGGGCAAGAACAAAAGAUAAAAAAAAGAGGAACGAGAACAGAGAUUUUCUCUCCCCCUCUUCUCUCAUAGCCAUGAAUUACUAGUAUUAACUGGAGUGAUGUUUUUUUUUUUGACUAGGUCCUUUAAGGGUGAGCCCUAGAUAGGCAGUUAGUUAUUGUAAGUAGCUUAGAUAGUACAUACUUUAAUAUUAUUAUUAUUGACUGAGCACUAAGGAGAAAAAGACCCUUGUAAGAUACUUCACUGGACGUUCUCUCUCACAUUUCACAUGUUGUCACUGGACCAGUGUUGGAGGUACCACUCCUCCCUCCCUGAGCCAGACUCCCCUGCUUCAUAUGAAGUGAUUUCCACUUUUUAGCUACAGCAGAAUUAAGAAGCAACUGCAAACUUCAUCUGAUUUUGCUCGUGUGUAGAAGGGGGGUUUACAUUUUCUGACCUUUUAUAGAUGUUGCGACAAAACUGAAAAUGUUCUGCCAAAGUCAGAUACCGCUUUUAAAGCACAUUGUCCCACAGACACAUUCUCUCUCAAGUUCACUGUUCUGCAGUAGAUGAAGCAAUUUUGACAUUAUACAGGGCUUUUCAGGGUGUUGGCUUGGUUCCACAGCCAUGACACACUAUUUACAUGUCAGAGAUAAAACAACUGUAAGACUACUUGUUACUUUCAUCGGCAUCAUGUGGAUUAUUAUGACAUUAUGGAACUCAAUUCACAAACAAGGUGUGCUGACACGCCCCUGCAGUUGGGCUAAGGCAGUUUUCUCUCUGGUAGCUGAAAAGUCAUUCCAGUCUGCAUUGUUGUUUGCUGACAGAUGACUGUAUGGUUAAGAAAGUCUGUCAGCAAGCCUGGGCUUCAGUGAGCGGCUGGUACAGGCCUGGUGCAGAGGGCGGAGACAGCUGGGUGACUCAGAGACAACACCCCUUAAAGACAGGAGGGAAGGUGAAGGAAGCUUCUCUUGUUGAAUUCAGCCAUUUGAUUUCUUUAGCCAACUGGCCAGUGCUUUCCUUGGCGUCACAUGCAGCAUCUUGCUUCUCAACCUUCCUUUGGAUUUGAACUGCGGUGCUACAGCACUGUCCCUGCCAAUGAACUGUUCCCCUACUUCAGUCACUUUGCUUGUGUUCAGGGCUUGUUUGUGUAGCGCUCCCUAAAAUAAUGAGGCCAGGCAACUUCACCAGGUAGUAUGGAUGAGUAUUUUUUCAGCAUCUGCGAACCACAUUACUUUUUAACUUAUUUUUGAUUGUUUCACCUGAGUUUUGGAUGACGUCACUUGCUUGUCCUUGCUGAAGAUUGUAUUGUUUAUCGUCUCCAGUUGUUGCCUGUGCACUGACUCCAUAUAAUGCAGAUGUAGGAUCACAGGUCUGGUCAGAUGCACCUGUGCUGACUUUUCUUUAACUGUAUGAACCUAACUGGUCAGCAGGUCUCCGUUCAGUGCUGCUGUUCUUAAUGCGUACCGGCUGACCCCUCCUACUUUACUAAUGGCAGGAUUCAGCUUCACCUUGUUCCACACGGAGCUGACAGGGAAUCAGUGCCAUUUUAAAGUGGCGGUCCAUCACUGAGUUUGGCUUUAAAGUGGCUUGCCUUUUUGACUGUGCUUGGAAAAGUGACUUUUGUUAAACUUGUUCCUUCCUCCAAAAACUACUUUAAUUGUGUGUAUUGUAUGUGAGAAGUUGUUUACAUUGUGGAAAUUGUUUGUGUUUUUGUUUGAGAAAUGUUUUUUUUUAGAAUAAAGAAAUGACCAAACAGCA